AUAGAACUGUCAACACAAGAAAAAAUAUUGCAGCGGUGAGGUUUGCCGUGCGAUCAAUGAGUUAAUUUUUAGACUGCGAUUUCAGCAACAGUAAAAAGUGAAUAUGAGACGAUUAGCUGUAAUAUUUGUCCUAAAUCUAGCCCUAUCUUUGAAUGCGCAAUCCCACCUCGAAUACGAUGGCUGGUUGAGUAUCGAGCUGUAUCACGCACUGGAUCUGCACGAACCGCAAAAGUUCACUCCCCGGGGCAAUGUUACCAUAACUAGUCUGAAUUCGGGUGCUUCUAGUGUUUCUCAAGAAGCACUUUCACACCAGGAUCGUCAACAGUUACGGCUGCUGGCCGAGGAGAACCGCCUGUACCGAUUGGAGGCACAUGUAGUCGCGGACAACGGUUAUCGGACGAAGCUGUUAACUUCAUCAAAAGCGUGCGCCUUGGUAAAAUCUCAGCUGACCGAUGCGCUAUGGGUUUCUCUGGAUCACAGCGGAUCGGUUAUCGGAAUCACGCAAUCUGUGAACAAUGGAUACUCGGGCGACUGUCGCGAUUUGUCUCAUCGGGAUACCGACGUUUUGGACGAAUUUAACACCGAUGUUUACGUUAAGCCUAUUGAAAAUGCCCCAAUUCCGGACACGGCAAGUUUCAUCCAAAAAAUGGAACGAGAUCGAGAAGCUAGAGAACGUGGCGAAACCAAAGACAAUAGGGGAUUUUUCGCAAAAUACUGGAUGUACAUCGUACCAGUUGUUAUUUUAGUUCUUAUAUCGGGAGCCACAAAUCCAGAGGCAGGUGGGCAACGUUAAAAACAUUUUAAGUAGUUUCAGCACUAAUUUAUUCUAGUGAAAAUGUCUGAACCCUCAAUACAUUUUCAGAACAUAAAA